AUGACGACCAAUCCGAGCCGUCCGUGCGUGGACUGCAAUGAUCGCGACCCUUUUUCAACAAAUGCCAUGAUGAUUCCAGUGAGGGCGAGGGUGACAGCCAACAGAACGAGCCACCUGUGCAGCUUAAAGACCAAUGGCUUGCUCACCCACCACUUCCUUCGGACUACCCUCCCUGCUCCGUCUGACCCCCCGGCUCCGCCUGACCCCUCUGCUCCGCCUGACCCCCCUGCUUCUCCUGACCCCCCUGCUGGACUGGCUACACCUAUCCCCCCCGGUCCCCCGGGCCCCGCAGUUUCUGCUCCUGUUGUUGCCUCGCUUGAUGCCGCUGGUGGCUUGGCAAGAGAGGCAGACGAGACGGCCGGCGCGGCUACUGACGCCAAGCAACCGGGAGGUUUGCCUCCCCCCUCUGCUGCCAGUGCCCCACUGUGCCUCCCGCCAAGCUUUGGCUCCUCCCUCUCCCCCCACGCUGCCCCCGCUGUUCCCGUGGCUGUCGCUUCUGCGGAGCUGUUGCUUGCAGCGGUGUUACUUUCCACGCCGGGGUGCGAGCAGCCAUGCAUGGAUGGUGUAGAGCGUAGCGUGCCCACUGCUCGACUCUCCCACCUCUGA